AUGCCCGCAUCGCUCGAAACGCUCCCGACGGAACUCCUUCGCCUCAUCAUCGAACUCGCCGUCCCGCCCGAAUCUCUCGUCUUCAUCACAGCCAAGUGCCGUCACGAUGCUCUCGUACCUCUCAGCCAUGUCAGCAAACGGUUCUGCAGCGUCGUGCGGCCCCUUCUUCGUCGUGUUCUGGUCGUCAACGCCAUCGUCGACUCGAAAUUGGCUCGGAACGCACCGAAGGAACUGCGUGAACAGGCUUCGGCCGUCGUGUUCUGCACCCAUGAGUGGCAGAAGCCAGACGUCUCUCUGCCCUGGAACGUCAGGGCGAUCUUGGCGGAGAAGGAACUUCCAGCCGCGCUCGCUGCGCUUCCCCUCGUCCGCUAUGCAGCCUUCUUUGGCGCGUUGCAGGACAUUAACAAGACAGUUGUACCUUUGCUACUCAGCAGCGAGUCUCCGUUCAACAGUCUUUACCUCAGGAACUGCACGCUCCAAGUCAAUGCUACUCCGACUUUCCGCCCCUUUCAGCUCGUCCAUCUCGCUUUCGGAGGGCACCUGCUGUUCACCAAGGCCUAUCAGCGUCUUUUCUCGCCAGCCACUUUGCCGGCACUACGGUAUCUCCUCCUCGCCAACCUCUCCUCCGACGUCAAUAUCCUCGCAUGCUGCACAUCGCUUUUUGAUCAGCUGAUUGCGUUGCAACUGGUCUACACUACCGGACCGGCCAAGGGUAUCGCAGCCUCGCUCCUCCAGGCCUUCACCUCGUGCGGCGACAAGCUGCUCGCCAGCAAGUACAUUGUGUACGAAAAGUCAGCAGUCAAUGCUCGCUUCGUGCUGUACGAUUCGCCUCGUUGGAUCAAUGGCAGUCUCGACGCCAGCUUCGCAAACUCUCUUCCCGCUCUUCAAGCCGUCUUCAUCCCGCUCACCGUCAAGGAAGGACCGCCGUCUUGGCAUACGAAGGGGCCGGAUGACCCGCUUGAGGAGUUCUUCGAAGCCAUGGCGAGGCGGCACGUCGAGAUUGUUUGGGCGGACGAGUUCGAGUCGAGCUUCGUCCUUCCCGAGUUCGUGCGGUACCUCAAGGCGAAGCAGCAACACGCUUAG